AAUCUCCUCCGUAAUGAAAAGCGUAGCGUAUCUUUUCAGCUCAUGGAGCUGAGCUGCUGGCAGCAGAAAAGCAGAAGAAAGGAAGAAAGCUCUCUCUCUCUCUAUCUGUCUAUCUAUCUAUCUCGCUCGCUCGCUCUCUUUUCAAGGAGCUGAAUUAAUGGGGAGUGGAAGGAGAGGGAGAAGAGAGAGAAGUCCAAACGCUGGAGCUUUCUUUGUAGCGACUCUGCUGCUGUGGGUUGUGUCUGUGGUGUUUGAGAUAAUGUUCAACAGAAGGACAGAGCUGCUGCCUGUGGUUGGAGGCUUCUGUUUCUUCCAGGCAUCGAACUGGGUCAUACGUUUCGCCCUGUCCACAGACCCGCUCUUUGUCAAUACUGCCGUUUCUCUGCUUCACUCCACCAUCACUUCUCUUUCGGUGGUUAGCAUUCUGAUUAACGAGUGGAUGAAUAAUAGUCUGAGUGUGAUGUUCGACCACUCACGGUUGUUCAGCAGCACGUGGCCGGGGGCAUACACAGCAUUAUGCUUUUCUUGUGGUUACUUUGCAUAUGAUCAAUGGGACAUGCUCCGUUACCGGCUUUACAGCGGUUGGAUUCCUUCCAUCCUUGUACAUCAUUUGGUGCUGCUCGUUUGCUUUACGCUGGCUCUGUUUCGGAAUGUCACUAUCAACUACCUUAUUCUCACUCUUGUCUGUGAGCUGCAUUCUAUCUUUCUACAUGUGCGGAAAGUUCAACGGAUGGCUGGAGUACGGGACACGAAGACCAACAUUGUGAGAGCUGAGUGGGUGGCGAACUGGGCUGCCUUCUUCAUAGCGAGGCUUGUGUGCCACAUUCUCAUCACAUACAAACUCAUAAGAGAUGCACCCAAGUUUGGAAAUGGUGUCGAGCUUCCACUCGCCCUUCUUGGGAUGGUGGGAAUGAACGUGCUCAAUGUAUUUCUUGGGCUUGAUCUCUUUAAAGCUUACAGGCGGGAGAAGAACGGCCCGCCUAAUCAUCAGGAGUGAAGGAAAGGAGGUAGUUAUCUUUCUCCUCAUGAGGCUAUUAUCCUUCUUAAUUAUUCUUUGUAUUUAGCCCAGCAAUUCUUUCCAUGUGAACAAUUGCAGUUCCACAGAUCAAAGGCUAUGUAUGCUUGUAACUUUUCUUCUGUAAAAAGAAAAGAGAAAAAAAAAAGAAAAAAGAAGGUUUAAUGUUGUUCUGUUCA